GUAAUACAAAAUACUGCACAAGAAAGACGGGAAAGAAAUACAAUGAAAAUAAAAGAAGCGGGAAAUGAAACAUUUCAUUGUAAAAGGAUUUAGAUUUAUGUUGUUUUGAAGUAACAUAUUGCUAUCUUGUGAUUACUGGACUCUGUUCGCAUAUCAGUGCUGUUUUGCAAUUUUUCAUUUUGUAAGCGGAAUGAAAAAUGAAGAAAAUGGACGAACGAAAAGGAAGAAGUUGGUAAAUAUUAUUUCAAAAUUAGCCAAAGAACAAUCGAACAAGAGCCAUAACGAUGGAAAUGAAGUGAAUGAUCAAUCUUUGUUGGAUUGCAACAAGGAAAAUGAAGUCCUUGUUGAGAGUACUGCAGAAGAACAUAUGGAUUUAGGUUCUGAAAGGAAGAGCAAAAGAAAACCAGAAAAAACAGCCAAAAUUACCCACAACACUUCAAUCAAUGCCACAACCCAGGUGAAGAACGAAUGUGAUGAUGAAUACAAUGAAAGUAGUUUCACCAUUGUUAAAGUACUUGAUUCUGAAGAUGAUUUUGAGAACUUAACAGACAAAAAGGAAAACAAAAUUCAAAAUGAAUUUGAAAAGAAGAAAUCUCGCCCAACUAAUGAUCUCAAAAAUGUUCGUUGCACAGCCUGCAAUAAAAAUAUUGAGGUCAAGAAGGGUAAAUUUUGCAGACAUCCCAGUCUUAAUACUUUAAUAUGUAAGAAAUGCUUUAAGUUCUACAGUAGUGGUAAAUUCACCAAAGAUGAAUAUGGUGUUGAGGAGUUUUGUGCAUGGUGUGCUGAUGGUGGAGAACUGAUAUGUUGUGAUUUUUGUGAGAAAGCUUUUUGUAAAAAAUGCAUAAGACGAAAUUUAGGGAAAUCAAAGCUGCAAGAACUAUUGGAUGCCGACGAAGAUGAGAAAUGGAAAUGUUUUUGUUGUGAUCCAUCGCCCAUGUCUAUCAUCAAAUUCUGUGAUCGAGUAAUGAAUAUGCUGGAGGCAAACAAGGACAGUAAAUCACUUUUUAAAGACAAAAAGCUUCGUAAUGUUGUUGGCGCACCAACGAUAAGUGAGAGACGAAAUAUUCUCACUGGUCAGACUAAGGAAAGAUCCAUCGAAAAUAACUCAGAAAUAACUAAGAAAUCAGAUUCAGGUGGAAAGUCGUAUUCUCUACGUUGCUCAAGGAAAUCAGUGGAUACAACUAAAUGUUCUGAAGAUAAAGAAGAAAACGAGGAAGAUGAAGAGGAAAGUGAGGAAGAUGAAGAGGAAAGUGAGGACGAUAACGUGAAAAUUAUCAGUAAAAUAAAGCGAUCUGAAGAACAAUCUGUUGAUGUGAAUGUUUCCAAAGAAGAAACUGGUAGUAAAAGGAAAAUAAAAUCAGAGAAGAAAAAUAGAGGUUCAAAGAAAUCAGACGAUCGUUCUGAAAAAAAUAAUAACUCAGGAAACCGAAAUCUCAGUUUUAAGGGAAAGAAACGUGUUGGUAAGCAAAGGGACUCGAAUGCAAGCUCCGAUGACGUAAACCACGUUACAAGGAAAGACGGAAAGAAAAAAAAACUUAGCUCAAAGGCGAAACGUAGUAUAAUUGAAAGUGACUCAACAGAUGAAUUUGUGCUGUUUAAGAAAAAGAAAAAGUAUUUCAAAAAGUUGUCACAAUCUUCUGAAGAUGAUUCAGAUGAAGAAAAUGGUAUAGACGAUUCUUCUUCAGACGAGGAUUCGAGUGAGGAAGACAUUAAAACUCGACGAAAAGAUAAGUCAAAAAAAAUACGUAAGAAUAUUUCUGAUAGUUCUUCUAGUAAAAGUUCUAGUGAAAUUGAUUCUUCCAAUAAACGCCGAAAGAGGAAGAAUAAGAGAAACAGCAAAAUUGGCAAAUGGAAGCUCAGAGGUGUGCGUGAUAAAGAUACGGAUAGUGAGUCGAAUUCUCACAUGAAUGAUGAAAAGAAAUCCAAGGGAAAGAAGCGAGUGAAGAAGAGUUCUACCAAAAAAAGGAAAAUUAGUGAAGACGAAGAUUCAUGCAGUGAUGAAGACAAUGCGAAUUCUAAUAAAAAAGGUCGAAAAAAAAUCAGAAAGAUUUUAGAUAAUGAGAAGCUCACUGAAGCUACUCGUCAUGCCCGUCAACUAGAAGAGGAAAGACGUCAGCGAUUAUUAGAAAGAACCAAGAACACUAAUUUUGACAAACCAGACAGCUUUAGUAUCCAAGAGCUUGUUCUUGAGUAUGGUCCAGACGGUAAAACACCGUUGAUUUACGUCCAAAACGAUCUCGUAAAGCAUUUAAAACCUCAUCAAAUCGAAGGCAUAAAGUUUAUGUACGAUUGUACGGUGGAGUCUGUUGAACGAUGGAAGAAUAAAGAGGAAGGUGGAGGAUGUAUUUUAGCGCAUGUUAUGGGACUUGGUAAAACAUUGCAGAUUGUAUCAUUGAUCCAUACUCUGUACAUAAGUGAACAUAUCCAGUUGAAACGCGUCAUGGUUAUUUGUCCCUUGAAUACAGUACUAAAUUGGGAGACUGAGUUCGAAAAAUGGCUUAGCGUUGACGACAGACUGGAUGUGUAUGUAAUGAAUGAAGCAGGCUCAAACCAUUGGCACCGCGCUGAUUUUUUAAAGAAAUGGAUGGAUUACGGGGGUAUCCUCAUUAUUGGUUACACUAUGUACCGAAAUCUCUCUCAGGGUCUUCGCGUCCGCAACAAACGUCUGAAAAAGACCUUUCAAGAGUGCCUUAUUGAUCCAGGCCCAGAUAUUGUGGUUUGUGACGAAGGUCAUGUUCUUCGUAACAGUAAGAGUGCCAUUUCAAUAGCAAUGAAUAAAGUCAAGACACGUAGACGAAUCAUCCUCACAGGAACUCCACUCCAAAAUAAUUUGUGCGAGUAUCAUUGCAUGGUGAGUUUUGUUAAACCAAAUCUCCUGGGAACGUUAAAGGAAUUUUCCAACAGUUUCAUACGACCUAUUGAGAAUGGCCAGUGUGCAGACUCCACUGAUUUUGACGUAAAAUUGAUGAAGCGGAGAUGUCAUGUACUUCAUAAAAUGUUGGAGGGCUGUGUUCAAAGAAAAGAUUACAACGAAAUUUCCAGAUUUCUUCCACCUAAGUUUGAAUACGUCAUUAAAGCCAGAAUGUCUGCGAAGCAACGUGAGAUAUAUCGGUAUUAUCUCGAUACCUUUCUUAAUGAGCGUAGUGGAAAAGGGGUGAGCUUAUUCUCUGACUAUCAAGCUCUGAUGCGAAUUUGGACACAUCCCUGGUCAUUGAAGAUUGAGAGCGAAAAAAAAGGCAACUUGAACUUUAUCGAUUCUGAUGAAGGUAGCAUUAACGAUUUUAUUGUGAAGAGUGGAGAGGAAACGACUAGUGAUGAAAUGUCCUGGUCAUCAUCAGAAAGAUCUUCUGAUGAAGAAAGUGAAGGCUUAAAUGGCUCCGAUAAAGCGUCGCAUGAUGGCGAUGAACAACCAAGAAAUAUAAAAGGCAAGAAAAAAGAAGAAAAAAACGCAACGAAUAAAAAAACACCAUUAAAGUGUGACCCCGAUGGCCCUUCGACAUCUAAAGUAAUUGACAUUGAACCUCACGGCGAUGAUGAAGCGCAAUCCUCAAAGAAUUCUGUCAAAGCUGGUGAAGCUUAUGCUGGCGAUUACAAUUCUAAAUUACGUUCAGGACAGGAGUAUAAAGAUGACUCAGUUAUCGAAGAAGAAAAAGAAUGGUAUGAUCAAUUUCUUACUGAAGAAGAUGAAAACAAUGUCGAAUUGGGCACUAAGAUUGUGUUGUUAUUGGAAAUUCUUGCCGACGCCGCUGCAUGAGAGAAAGUUCUGGUGUUCAGUCACAGUCUUAUCUCAUUGGACGUCAUUGAAAUGGCGCUUGGUGGUGGAAAAGUUGGUGGAAAUAGCGAAGACUGGUGUCGAGGAUGCGAUUACUUUCGAAUGGAUGGUAGCACAAGCCCACAAAUGAGGAAACGAUGGUCUGAUAUAUUCAAUGAUGAAGAAAACAAGUCGGCCCGCUUGUUUCUUAUUUCAACCAAAGCUGGUGGAAUUGGUAUCAAUUUGGUUGGCGCCAGUCGUGUAAUAGUGUUUGACAUAUCCUGGAAUCCAUCUCACGAUGUUCAAUCGAUAUUCAGAACAUAUAGAUUUGGGCAGAAAAAACCAGUCUUUGUGUACAGAUUGAUCGCAGAGGGUACUAUGGAGGAGAAGAUCUACGAUAGGCAGGUGAUGAAGCAGUCGAUGUCCCAACGCGUUAUUGAUGAGCAUCAAAUUGAUCGGCAUUUUAGUGCGAAUGAUCUGGCUGAGCUUUAUCGCUUUGAGCCAGAUGUUUUAGAAAAUGAAGACGAUAAGCGACCAACUCCUGUUAUUCCUAAGGAUCCUGUUUUAGCAGAAUUACUCAAUCGUCUUUAUCCGAAAUGGAUUGUAAAGUAUCACGAGCACGAUUCUUUAUUGCAAAAUAGACCUGACGAAGAACUCUCUGAAGCUGAACGAAAAGAAGCUUGGGAACAAUGGGAGUUAGAGAAGCAGGGGAUCCUGAAUGGACCUCAACUUCCCGCCGAACAAAGACAACAACCGUUGAUUGGUCCAGGAACGCGUUUUGUGCCUACUAAUGCAAUGUUCAUUAAUGCUGUUGGAAAUAACAUAACUGUCAGAAAUCAAGGUGGGAUUUAUGGACAUAUUCCUACAUCUGGUACUCAAACUUCGGCAAGUUUUCAACAGACAACGCAGGCACAACGACAAAAACUGUUUGAACGGCAAAAGAGUGUUGACGCUCAACAUCAGUUACAACAACAAGAACAGCUACGAUUACGUCAACUACAGCAACAGCUACUCGAGACACCAACAUCACGUCUGCAACAAGAACAACAGAGAUUACGUCAGCAACAAGAACAACAGAGAUUACGUCAGCAACAACAACAGCAUAGAUUACGUCAGCAACAAGAACAACAGAGAUUACGUCAGCAACAAGAACAACUACUGAGGUUACGUCAGCAGCAACAACAAAGAUUACGUCAGGAACAAGAACAACAAAGAUUACGUGCACAACAGCUUCAAGGUCAACAAUUCUUGCAACAAAUGUUGCGAAAUCGAAAUGCAACCGUGGUGCAACAAUCAGGUCAACCAAACCAGACAGUGUUUCAAAUUGUGAUGCAAAAUAACCCUGAUAGGACCACGCAGCAAACCACGCAACCUAAUCACUCACCUCCACGAAUUAUCGAGCUUCCUCCUGAUGCGUAACGCGGUCAUUGUAGGCGAUCGUUUUGUGCUUGCAUCUGUUCCCUGCCUGACAGUCGAAAGAUAUUGAAGUUUAAAAAUUACACCCAAACACCUCUUUACUGUUUACUCAUAUCUUCAUUUUUAUUUAUUUUAAAUUCCUUGUUGUUUGAACACGCUCCUCCAAAUCUAAUGUUAGUUUAACUCAUAUAAUGAACUCUAUUAUUAAAAGGUGAUAAAUUCUUCUAA